AUGAAGCCAUCCUCCCUUGAGAAGCUCUUAUCUCAACCUUUCUAUCUACUCUUUCUCUUGGGUACAUCUCUGUUGCUUAUACAAACUGUCAGGUUAUACCAGAGAAGAAAGAAGUUGCUCAGGUUCCUGAGCCUAUUCCCUGGACCUCCUGCCCACUGGUUAUAUGGACACCAAAAGUUUUACCCAGAAAAAGAACUUGCGUUAUAUGAUGAGAUGGUGAAAAAAUACCCAUGUGCUGUGCCCAUCUGGAUAGGACCCUUUACAAUGUUCUUCAAUAUCUAUGACCCAGACUAUGUAAAGACUCUACUGAGCAGAAAAGGUAAGAUCAAUGAAAACCUCGGGCGGGAUGAAUGGGAGAAGCUCACUGCACAGGAUCCACAUCUGGACCUCACUGAAUGCAUUUCCUUGAUGACUCUGGACUCUAUUAUGAAGUGUGCCUUUAGUCAACAGGGCAGUGUCCAAACAGAGAGAAUCUUUGACUCCUACCUAGAAGCAACAUUCAACCUUACCAAGCUCAUAUUAGAUCGCACGUGCAAUAUUCUGCAUCACAAUGACCUGAUUUACAAAUUCAGCUCUCAAAGUCACCUUUUCAAAAAAUAUUCACAGGUGACUUAUCAGUAUACAGAAAAACUAAUCAAAAAACGGGAGGAGUCAUACAACAAUGAACUGAACUAUGAUGCUACUCAGAAAGACAAUUUUAGAGAUUUUCUGGACAUUCUUAUGAGUGCUAGAGCUGAAGACCCAAAAAGUUUCUCUGAAGCUGACCUCCAGGCUGAAGUGAACACGUUUAUGUUUGCUGGACACGACACGACAUCAAGUGCCAUCUCCUGGAUAUUUUACUGCAUGGCCAAAUACCCUGAGUAUCAGCAGAAAUGCCGAGAAGAAAUCAGAGAAAUCCUAGGGGAUGCAGAUUCCAUUACUUGGGAACACCUGAACCACAUGACCUACGUCACCAUGUGCAUCAAGGAGUGCCUCCGCCUUUAUCCACCAGCAGUCAUCAUAGGGAGAUUGCUCAGCAAUCCUAUCACUUUUCCAGAUGGACACUCUCUACCUGCAGGAGUAACUGUGUACGUCAAUAUUUGGGCUCUUCAUCGCAAUCCUGCUGUCUGGGAAGACCCUGAGGUUUUUAAUCCCUUGAGAUUCUCCAAGGAAAAUUCUGACAAGAGACACUCCCACGCUUUCAUACCAUUCUCAGCUGGAUCAAGGAACUGCAUUGGGCAGCAGUUUGCCAUGUUGGAAUGUAAAGUGGCCCUGGCCUUGACUCUGCUUCACUUCGAGUUGGUUCCUGACCCUUCUAGGCCUCCCCACCUCAUACGCAAAAUUAUCCUCAAAUCCAAGAAUGGGAUCCAUUUGCUUCUAAAGAAACUUCACUAA